AUGGCUGCCGCAGCGGAUUACUUCAUCUUCCUCCUUUCCCUCGCGGCUUCAUCAGUACUAAUUUCCACUUCCCAUUCUCGAACUGUUGUUGAAGAUCUUGCAACGCUGAAACCUCCGCCGGACUUCGACGCGAUGCUCCGAACCAACUGCUUACACAACCCGUCUCACCGGUACUGCGGCUUCUCCCCUGCCGACAUCGACGCCGUCUUCAAGUCCACAAUCGUCGCCAGCUACCUCUGCAACGAGUCCCGAAACCCAAACUGCGUUGAGUCUUUCCCCAGAAUCGAUCUCCGGAACCGCCCCACAAUCGCCCCGCUCUAUCUAUCUUUCAAUUUCUUCUGGAAGUACUGCCCCAUAAGCAUCAACUCCAUCGAUUUCUCCAACAAUUCCAUCACCGGAAGCUUCCCCGCCGACAUCCUGCUCUGCACCCAAAUCAAGUCCCUCGAUUUCAGCCACAAUCGGCUCACUGGCGAUCUCCUGAUCAAAAGCUUCGACCCUCUCACCAACCUGUCGUCCCUCAACCUGUCGUACAAUUUCUUCUCCGAGGCCAAGAUCUCGGAUUCCCAAUCCUUCCUUCGCCGGUUCAAUUCCUCCAGUUUUAUCGAUUCCGGCCUCCUCCCCUGUCCCAGAACUUUCACCCUCAAGGCGGUGCUUCUAUUGGUUGCAUUUCCAGUAUCCGUCAUUCUUAUCAUCUGUUGCUUCGGGUGGCUCUGUUUCCGUCGACCGGACUAUCUCCCGCGAUUUCUCCGGCCACAGCACCGUUUCACCCCAUCGAUGCUCCGGGCUGCCACGGACGGGUUUUCCAGGAAGAAUCUGAUAUUAAAGACCGAAGAAUUUCGUAUAUUCAGAGGAAGGCUGCGAGAUGGAUGUGAAGUCAGGGUCGAGAUUCGCUUAAACGACAUCGAUCUUCACCACCAUCAUCAUCACACAAACAUUACAUCCGAGUUUGUGGAGGAAUGCAAGGUUCUAGUUCAGCUCCGCCACAAGAACUUGUUACGAGUGAUGGGAUGGUGUGCAAGCAGAGAAAUGCGAGCCGUGGUGACAGAGUGGACCGAAGGCGACGACGUGGAAAUGUGGCUGUCAGGAUCCUGUCCUCCAUGGAAACAGAGGCUCAAAAUCCUGAUGGGGGUUGUUGAAGGAAUGUGCUACCUUCAGGAGAACUGGCCUGAAGUUGGUUACGACCUCAGGACAGGAAGCUUGCUUCUCCGCUACAACAACCUGGAGCCUCUCAUUACUAGAUUCAAAGUCGGAGAGGACAACUUUAACUCCAAAAAGGUGUACAAGCUAGGAGUGCUGCUGUUGGAGCUGAUAACGAAUCGACGGCCGAGGGAAGAAUUCGAGAGGGGAGAGGCUGGGUUCGUCGAGUUCGUCAGAGCGAAUUACCCAGAAAACUUGGGAGGGAUAAUUGAUGACAGGAUGAUGUUGCCGGAGAACAUGCUGGAUCAAGCUAAAAGUGGGGUCGGAUUGGGGCUGAUGUGUACCGAUGUGUCGAUGAGCAAACGGCCGAGUGUUCAUCACAUACAUGACAUGAUACGGAGGGCGUAUAAGGCUUGUGUGGCCUUGACGUCCCAGAAUUGCGAAACCAGAAGAAAUCGUAGGGAUGGUGGGAAGGGACAGAGAUAG